UAAAUUCUUAAUCACGCACUGUGCCUUUCGCGAGUGGUGAACCUAAUCCGCCGCAGUUUGCGCGCGCCACCGCAGGGCCUCCGCACUCCGCCGCCGCUCGCACAACCGCAAGUCCUUCGCUCCGCACUUCGUUCGUCCACUCCGCUGUUCUAACUCUUUGCAGCUGUAUAAAUCAUUCUAGUUAUGGAAGAUUCUAAUCAGCCGGCCGAGUCUGCUGAAAACCAGCAAACUGAACAAGUGUGUAGUUUCUUCAGAAAACCUGUUAAUAGAAAGAAUAUAAGGAAGCGGACUAUUGAGAAUGAAGAUAAUGAGGAGGAGGACUCAAACAAAGAAACUUCUCUAUUGCAUAUUCAGAAAAAGACUUUAAAGCCUGACAAUAAAUUGUACUUUUCCACUGGCUCUUCAAAAGCCUCUGCAUCUGUUGUACCAAGUGAAGAAUCUGGAAAACCAGUCUUUCAGUUCGAGUCUUCAAAAAAUAUUCAAGUUCAACAUGAUAAUAAAGCAACAGCAACUCUAGAGACCGAGACUGAGUUUUCAAAAGAUGCUCGUGCCAUCCGUGAAAGAGCACUUAAGCAAGCAGCAGAGAGUCUUAAAGGGACAAGCACAAGUUCUAAGGAUGAAAAAUUAUAUAAGGGAAUUAACAAUUACAAUGACUACAAGGCUGGGUUUCGUAGGGAGCAAACAAUUGCUAGUGAAAAAGCUGGUGGAUCUCAUGGUCCUCUUAGGGCUUCAGCUCAUAUAAGAGUUUCAGCAAGGUUUGAUUAUCAACCUGACAUAUGUAAGGAUUAUAAGGAAACGGGAUACUGUGGAUAUGGUGAUUCAUGUAAGUUUAUGCAUGAUCGAGGGGAUUACAAGUCAGGGUGGCAGUUGGACAAGGAAUGGGAAGAAGCUGAGAAAGCAAGGAAGAUGAGAUUGGCUGCAGGUGAUGAUGCAGAUGAGGAGGGGGGCGCUAAUUUGACUGAUGAAGAUGAUGAAGAUUCGUUACCCUUUGCAUGUUUCAUUUGUAGAAACCCUUUUGUGGAUCCUGUUGUAACCAAGUGCAAGCACUACUUCUGCGAGCAUUGUGCAUUGAAGCAUCAUGCAAAGAAUAAGAAGUGUUUUGUCUGCAACCAGCCAACACUUGGCAUUUUUAAUGUUGCUCAUGAGAUACGCAGGAAGAUGGCUGAGGAUAAAAUUAAAUGAUUUUUGUGGAUCCACCAUGGUUCUCUUUGCUUUGAGGAAGUUAUCCUUUCACCCAUUUUAACUGUGUUAAAGAUUGAUGCUAUAUGAUGAGUUGAAACAGAGGUUUACACAGUGGAACUAGGUGUCAUUCAUUUUGUUGUAUUUCUUUGGCAUGUAGAUCCCAGAAUAUCUGUUGGUGAGGGACAUUCACCCAUUUGUAUAUAGCACCCCAGUUGUGCAAUCUGUGGAACUUUUUUUUUUUUUUUUGCAGUAAUUUGUAUUAACUUUAAAUAGAGCGACAUUUAUUUUCAAAAUUCUUGUUUUUGAAC